AUGAAAGAAAAAAUAACGGAGGACAUACAAGUAUGGUCCAACUUGGUGGUAGGAGCCUUUAAAGUUCUUGAUGUCCUCGGCGGCGUGCAAUGUCGUAAGAAAGAUUCCUUUGGAAGCGAACAACACAAGCAAAAUUAUCGCAGAAGCUAUAAAAAGAACGCACGCGGCGGUGUAAAGCACCGCGCGAUCGAGAGGCCAGGCAAUUUGUGCGUAAGCGAGACGAACGAUAACCGUAAGCGCACGAACAAAUAG